CGUGUGCCGCGAGUCAGGGUCGGGUUGAGGAACGCGGGGCGGGAGGCGCGUCCUCCACCUCUGCCUUAGCGGCCCUUCGCGGCUCGAGUACCCCACUUCCCUUUCUUCCCCAGCGCUCUGGUCUGGGGUCUCCGGGUAGGGAGCGGAGGGAAGGAACUAGAGAGGAGGAGGCGAAAGCGAAGCGAGGGGCAGAGAAGGUCCCGGCGCGGGGCGUAGCGCGCGCUGCCUCUCGCUCUCCCGCCGUAGCCGCCGCCUCCUCGCCCGGGGCGCCCGCACUAUGCAGGCGGACUGCCGGCCGCCGAGAUGGGGAGCCGGGCGGUGGUGAGAGGCGGGCGCAGCCCUCCGCGUCUCCUGGUCCGGGCCGCCGCCGCCGCCCCCGCCCGGGCCGCGCUCCCCUUCUCCCGCCCUCUCCUUCCCCGCUCCAACUCCUCCUCCUCCUUCCCCAUGCCUCUGUUCCUCCUUCUCAUAAUUAUCCUGCUCCUGCUGCUCGAGGACGCCGGAGCCCAGCAAGGUGAUGGAUGUGGACAUACUGUACUAGGCCCUGAAAGUGGGACCCUCACGUCCAUAAACUACCCACAGACCUAUCCCAACAGCACCGUUUGUGAAUGGGAGAUCCGUGUAAAGAUGGGAGAGAGAGUGCGCAUCAAAUUUGGUGACUUUGACAUUGAAGAUUCUGAUUCUUGUCACUUUAAUUACUUGAGAAUUUAUAAUGGCAUUGGAGUUAGCAGAACUGAAAUAGGCAAAUACUGUGGUCUGGGGUUGCAGAUGAACCAUUCCAUUGAGUCAAAAAGCAAUGAAAUUACUGUGCUGUUCAUGAGUGGAAUCCAUGUUUCUGGACGAGGAUUUUUGGCCUCAUAUUCAGUCAUAGAUAAACAAGAUCUAAUUACUUGUUUAGACACUGCAUCCAGUUUUUCGGAACCUGAGUUCAGUAAGUACUGCCCAGCUGGUUGUCUGCUUCCUUUUGCUGAGAUUUCUGGAACAAUCCCUCACGGAUACAGAGAUUCUUCACCAUUGUGCAUGGCUGGUGUGCACGCAGGAGUAGUGUCCAACAUUUUGGGUGGCCAAAUCAGUGUUGUAAUUAGUAAAGGUAUCCCCUAUUAUGAGAGUUCUUUGGCCAACAACGUCACAUCUGUGGUGGGACACUUAUCUACAAGUCUUUUUACAUUUAAGACAAGUGGCUGUUAUGGCACACUGGGGAUGGAAUCUGGGGUCAUUGCCGAUCCUCAGAUAACAGCAUCGUCUGUGCUGGAGUGGACCGACCACACAGGCCGGGAGAACAUCUGGAAGCCUGAGAAAGCCCGGCUGAAGCAACCUGGACCUCCCUGGGCUGCUUUUGCCACUGACGAGUAUCAGUGGUUACAGAUAGAUCUGAAUAAAGAAAAGAAGAUAACAGGCAUUGUAACCACUGGCACCACUAUGGUGGAGCACAAUUACUAUGUGUCAGCCUACAGAAUCCUCUACAGCGAUGAUGGACAGAGGUGGACGGUGUACAGAGAGCCUGGUGUGGAGCAGGAUAAGAUAUUUCAAGGAAACAAAGAUUAUCACCAGGAUGUGCGUAAUAACUUUUUGCCACCAAUUAUUGCACGUUUUAUUAGAGUGAAUCCUACCCAAUGGCAGCAGAAAAUUGCCAUGAAAAUGGAACUGCUUGGUUGCCAGUUUAUUCCUAAAGGUCGUCCUCCAAAACUUACUCAAACUCCACCUCCUCGGAACAGCAAUGACUUCAGAAACACUACAGCCUCCCCCAAAAUAGCCAAAGGUCGAGCCCCCAAAUUUACUCAGCCAUUACAGCCGCGCAGUAGGAAUGAGUUUCCUGCACAGACAGAGCAAACAACUGCCACUCCUGAUAUCCGAAACACCACUGUGACUCCGAGUGUAACCAAAGACGUCGCCUUGGCCGCGGUCCUCGUGCCAGUGCUCGUCAUGGGGCUCAGCACCCUGGUCCUCGCGGUGGUGUGCGCCUGGCACUGCAGGAGCAGAAAGAAAAAAACUGAAGGCACCUAUGACUUACCUUACUGGGACCGGGCAGGUUGGUGGAAAGGAAUGAAGCAGUUUCUCCCUGCCAAAUCAGUGGAACAUGAGGAAACCCCAGUUCGCUACAGCAGCAGUGAAGUUAAUCACUUGAGUCCAAGAGAAGUCACCACAGUGCUGCAGACGGACUCUGCAGAGUAUGCACAGCCACUUGUGGGAGGAAUUGUUGGCACCCUUCAUCAGAGAUCUACCUUUAAACCAGAAGAAGGAAACGAAGCGAGUUAUGCUGACUUAGAUCCUUACAACUCCCCGGUACAAGAAGUUUACCAUGCCUACGCUGAACCACUGCCCAUCACUGGGCCAGAAUAUGCCACCCCCAUCAUCAUGGAUAUGUCCGGGCACCCUGCAGCUUCUGUUGGUCUGCCCUCAACGUCUACUUUCAAAGCUACAGGGAACCAAGCCCCCCCAGUAGUAGGAGCAUAUAACACGCUCCUCUCCAGGACUGACAGCUGCUCCUCUGCCCAUGUCCAGUAUGACACCCCAAAAGGUGGGAAGCCAGGUCCAAGUGCCCCAGACGAACUGGUGUAUCAGGUACCACAGAGCACGCAGGAGGGAUCAGGAGCUGGGAGGGAUGCUGAAUGUGAUGUUUUUAAAGAAAUUCUUUGAAGGUGAUGCUGCUUUUUAUAAAGCAUCGUUUUAAAGCACAUGGCCUUUUUUGUGUGUUAGUGGUAGUAAUAUAUAGAAUGUAUUAUGUAUCUGUCACAGAUGUGGUUGGGAAAAUGUGAUGACCGAGGUACAGGGAACUGCUAGCCUUGCCAUCUUGCUUUAAAAGUGUUACUGUGGCAGUUACUGCUUGCCUAUUAAAUUUCAAACAUCCUCUUUGUUACUACUGUAAAACACUAUUUUUAA